AUGACUAUUGUUAAUUUUGUUACAAAUAAAAUAUCUAAAAAUUCAAAACUAAAAUCCUUUAUAGAUUUAGGUGAUAUUAUUGAACCUAAUCAAGAACUUCAAGAAGCAAUAGAAUUUAUUGAACAAUUAUAA